GCCAGUGCCCCGAGAUCUUUGUAUGACUCGAUAUAAACCGCAAAUAACGGGGAGAAGUUGAUUCUGACGAAUUUAUUACCCUUGUUUGAUGUUUGCUAAGGUCGAGCAGCUGGUGGCCUUGUAGUUCCUACGGCAACCCCACAAGCACACUGUCCUCAGCCACGUCUGAAGAGCAGCAAGAGAGAUAGAGUGUUCUUCACUUAUGCUGAAAGGAUGGGUUAUGAUGUAGAGCGCUUUGUGGGCUAUGUAAACGAGGGUCUGCUGUGCUGUGUGUGUCGGGAUGUGUUGGAGGAUCCACUGCAGGCUCCAUGCGAGCAUGCUUUCUGCAGCACCUGCAUUCAUGCCUGGCUUGUCCACCACCAUAACUGCCCUGAGGACCGGCUGCCAUUGGAUGUCACAAAUCUGCGGCCACUUUAUAGAUACAUGCGGAACGACUUGGCGAGACUCCAGGUGAGGUGUGUAUAUCGCCCACAGGGGUGUGAGGUCAUUUGUGCUCUGGAGUCCAUCCAUCGACAUGAACAGGACUGUGACUUUGCUCUGCUGAACUGUAGCAAUGCUGGUGAGGAGUACUUGUGUUACCGCUGUGGUAGGUUUACAUGUUGUCCGGUGCAGGUGUCUCGGCAUUCUCUGGAAGCGCACCUGUGUGUGUGUGAGUACCGCAACAGAAUGUGUGCGAGUGGCUGUGGGUACACACUAACCAGCACAGAAGAAGCUCAGCACAACUGCAUCUCUGAACUGCGAGCAGAACUGGACUUACUGAGGGCAGAGUUAGAUUGUAAGGUUGAAGAGGUGAGACAUGAGAUGGAGUCAUGGCUGGAUUCUCAAAGGAGGUACAUGGUGCAGAAAGAGAGUCUACUGAAGAAUGAGGUGGAUGAACUUAAGGGCCAGCUGUCCCGUGUGAUGUCAGAUGUCCGUGUGUUAUUGGGCGUAGAACGAGCUCGCAGGCAAGAACUGGAGAGAGCAGAGCUUGAGAAAGCAGAGUUGCUGGAGCUUCUGAAAAAGGAGGGUCUUAGGCCAGCCACUCCCACUCAGACAGCAACACCCCCGGCUGAGGGGCCUCGUAAGUCAAGUCCACGCAGCCUAGCUUUGGACUGCAUCAAGAGGAAGAGCAGGGAGGUCACGGUCAUCUGAAGCUGAGCUUUACACAACACAGAACCCACACACGACUGAAUAACCAGCAAGAGAAGCUAAUGUAAUCUGAGGGAUAACCUGCUCUUCCCCACAAAUCCUAUUCGUGCAGACCGAUACUCCUGACAAGUUACGUCGAACGCUAUUGAUCCUGCUAAUCUUCAGUGAGAGACUCACAAAGAGCUUCAGAGUAUUAAACAGCAGUUUAACACAGCAGCUUGAGAAGAAAUGGACUGACUUUAGAUAUUGCAGACAGAAGUACAUUUUAAAAGAUUUGAAACGUGUGGUUGAAAUUGUGUACGAGACAUUUUUAUAUAUUUCCUUGAAUUUUACAGAACAGAAUAAAUGAUACUCUCGUAUUUUACAAAGGAUCAAUGUGAAUGCCUUUGGCCUUUCUGUGAAAAUAAUAUAGCAUUUUAUUCUUCAGUGAGACUGUAAAGCUUAUGCUACAUAAAGCACAAAUAUCCUACA